AUGGCUCCACGGUCCCUCAGCCACGUUAUACUGUUGCUGGGUGGUGCUGUGGCCGUGCUGGGCUCGGUGCUCUUCUUUGUAUGGAAGGCCUACUUCAGUGACGAUAGCGGGCGGCGGCGGAGGCCCUGGUGGGAAGCAGAGCUGAGCCCCUACGUGGGGGAGUUGGAUCCAGAUGAGCGACAGGUCCUGGUGCUGGGUCUGGAUGGAGCUGGGAAAAGCACCAUUCUCCACUGCCUCUCAGGCCACAGAGCCAAAGAGCGCAUGGCUCCCACCUGGGGUUUCAACUCUGUUCGGCUUCCCACUGAGAGCUUCCAGAUGGAUUUGCUGGAGGUUGGUGGCAGCCAGAACCUGCGGUUUUACUGGAAGGAGUUCCUGAGCCAGGCAGAUGUGCUGCUAUUUGUGGUAGACUCUGCUGACCGGCUACGGCUACCCUGUGCUCGGCAAGAGCUGCAUAUGCUGCUGGCAGAAGAUCCAGACCUGCCUGUGGUUGUGGUAGCCAAUAAACAGGAUAAGAGUGAGGCCUUGAGUGUGGCUCAGCUGCAGCAGGAACUGGACCUGCAAGCCUUUGGCCAGCGUGAGUUCUUUUUACUGCCAGCCAGCAUUCCCCCAGCUGGGCCAGGCUCUUCACCUCCAAGCAUUCACCAUGUCUGGACACUGCUGUUGGACCUUCUCUCCCAAGCUUGACUGGAAAUAUACCUUCUGGGGUAAGGGCUUCCCACUCACCUUCCCACACAGCCCAGUCCUCCAGCAGUUUACCUGAUAACCAUCAAGUUGGAGAGGUGCUUUUCUGAGGAUCGCUGAAAGCUCUGGAUUUGGAGUCAAGACCUCGGUUCCAGUCUAGACCUUACUAGUUACUUUGGAGAAGUCACUUCACCUCCAUGGGCCUGUGUCCUCAUCUGGAAGAUGAGGGGUUGGUCCAAAGUGGUUCUUUCCAGAUAUAAAAUCCUGGAUGUGGAUCCUAAAAUCAUAAUCCUGGUGCUCAGAGGAAAAGAAUUUAGGAGCUCGAUACUGUUGGUUUCCUUCUUUUCCUAAGGUUCAUGGAUUAAUCUGGGUUCCCAGGAAAGAAAUCCAUGGAGGAAUACUUUCCUCCUCUGCCUACUGUACCUGGGGUGACUAUGGUAGUGGUCACCUUUCAGGGAGCCCCACGGUGAGUAGCCCCUUUAAGCUCUGCUCUCAGAGCACAAAGUGACCCUUUGGAUAACCUGCCUACAGUGCCAAACCAUCUCAUACAGGAAGUGGCCUAUUAACAAUACUAUAGUAUAAUGGAAGAAAACACUGGAUUUGGAGUCAGACAACUUGGACUUGAAUUUAGCUGCGUUACUUACAACCCAUGUGACUGCAAGCAAAUUGCUUCUUUUCCUUGAGCCUGAAGUCUCUUCAUCUCUGCCUGGUACAAGGGCAAAAAGAACCCCAUCUCACAGGGCCAAGGUAUGGCUCAAGAGAACUUGGUGCUGACCUCACAGGGUUGUUGUGAGCAAAGCGUUUUGUGAACCAUAAAGCACCACAGAAAUAUAAGCUAUUGUUUUUUGUUGAGGAAGCAUGGCAUAGCAGGCCCAGGAGUCAGAAAAACCCAGGUUCAAGCCUUGCCUUGGACCGAUACUGGCUAUGUGGCCUCAAACAUAUGGAACCCAAACAUAUGGCUAUGUGGUUACACUCCUUUGCUUUUUAAGAACUACAAAUUACAAAACAGUUGCCUAACUGUAUUGGUAAAGGAAGUUUCAUGACUGGCAAUUUGUUACACUAUUGAAAUCAUAGGUCAAGGCUAAUGCCCCAAUUAUUUGUUAUGUUAUUUGCUGUCUAAUUUGCUUCAUGGAUUGCCAGGAAGGUGAAUGAGGAAAGUUUCUUUUCAGGGUCUGACUAGUGGUUAGGAGUGUAUAGUUUUCAUGUAGGUAAAACAAAGGUACAGGGCUGGGCCCAGAACUGGACUGAAGAUAAAGUGAGAUUGACUUUGUGAAACUGUGCAGCACUUUUAAUGAUCCCAAGCUGCUGGCUUCAGUAAAAGCCGCCCCCACCCCCUGCCUUUUUUUGUCCAUUAGAGCAUUUUAUUUGUAUGUUUAUUUUACACCCUUAGCAAAAGAAUCCCAGGAUUUUUCCUUCUGUGUUUUCAUCUUGCUUCCUCAUGCCAGCUGAGGUUGUAAGCACAAUGAACCCAAACCAAUGGGAUGGUAGCAGAUUAUUCUGCCAGUUUUCCAGAUCUUUCAAGUGAACACACCACACCUGUUUAACCUGUCCAUGAGGUUCACCAGUUUUUCCUGCUCUGUGAUCAUCAAUGACCUCAAAUUCGCCAAAGUAACAUGCUUCAUCUUCAUAGUUAAGAACUAGAUUACUUUGGAGCAUGGCCUAAUAAGAACCUGGCAUUUUCCUCACUUUUCUGCAUUGUUGAUGCUUUUGAGAGCAUCUGCUAGGACAUUCAUGGGCACCAUGGUGGCAGCACUGCAAGAUGGCGGAAAGAGGACAGGAUGGGUGAGCGCUGAGAAGUAUGGGACGUGCAGAAGCUCUUCUUAAGGCCAGCAUUUCACCCAGUGAUGCUACGGGGCUAGAAAUCAUGGAAUGUCACAUUGAAGAAUCAAAAGUACUAGUGACCCAAAGGGCAGUGAGGAGACUGAAUAAUGGAAAGAAAGGGCAUACUACCAAUGAUGAACUUGAAGAAUGGUAUGGAGACUACUAUGGGAAUAUAUAUAAGUAAGCUGGACUAAUACAGAGACACUUAGCUGAGGUGUCCCUGUCACUGUACUGUGACCCUGAUCAGACACGACAUCUCUCCAAUUCCCUUCCUCAGGGCUGUGACACUCCAAAACAAGCACAAACCAUUAGUAAGGUGAUGGAAAAAAAUGGAGGCAGCUGUUGUGUAGUGCAAUGAGUCAGAAGACCUAGGUUUGAGUUGUGCUACUUUGUGUGACCUUAGACAAGUCACUUCCUCUUUUGGAGGCCUAUUUCAUCAACUGUAAAAACAGGGGGGGCAGAGUUGAUGAUCUCAAAGAUGCCAUCCAACUUUAAAAUUCUGUCUUGCAUGUUCUUUCAGAUGGCCAAGAGUGAAGCUAUCCAUGUACUGUGCAUUAACUCUUCUCCUGCAUCUGUCCACAUAGGCUGGCAGGGGCAGAAAACUGCUUGGUGAAAUCAUCCCUGUAGGUCAGCAGGGCUGAGCUUGAGCCUAAGGCCAAGAUAGCAAGCUCCCCAUUUAAAAUUCUUUUAGGAAGCAGGCCCAAAUUCCAGACUCAAUCAUGUUUCCUGGUGCUGUUAUUUAUAUAUCGGAUGAUGGCCAACAUGGCCAGGAAGGGCAAAAUGACUAAAACUGUGGAUGUUGUUAAUGUUAAAGCCUGUCCAAGAGGGCAAUGGAGAUUGUUCCACUAAGCUUUUUAGACUUUUGAAAGCUGUGAAAGAGAAACUGUAAUGGUGUCAACUGUUAAUGGACUUGUAGGGAAUUUAAAAUCUGGACUAGCUGUCUGCCACUACCAGGCCAGCACUCUCAGGGAAUGCAAAUAAAUUCUAUAAGUUAAUUCUACUAAACACCAUCAAGUGUUCCAAAGCCAAAUACAGUAGGAAUUUUAGUUUGUCUAUGCCAAUGUUCCCCUUGAAGCAGCUAAUAACCAUGUUGAAAGUAUGGUUAAAGAAUAAAAAUAACACCUGUAUGGGGGUAAAGAGGCUUGGAUUCUUGUGAGCUUUACCACUAACUGUACAUAUGCCCUCAGGCAAAUCACUUCCCCUCUGUGGGACACAUCUGCAAAAUGGGUUAGACUAAAUGAUCUCUAAGUCCUUUCUAGCUCUGAAAUGUGAGGAUUCUAAUGUCGGUGAUCACACACACACACCCCUAUCAUGCAUAUAUGUUGACAUAUAUGAUACAAAGCUAGUUCUAUAAAUAAUGGGAAAAAAAAUUUGGCAUGGGCCACAUCAAGUAAGAAGUUUGAGUUAAUUCUCUCCAUUAGGAAAAACAUCCCAACUCCCUUGUUUUUUAGAUUGAGAAAAAAAAAUUUAGGAAGAUAAAUUUUUAUUAAAUCCAAAAGUAACAAAAAUAAACUUCAGUUCCACAAUGUAGCUAAAUUAAAGGAGCAAGAUACAUCCAAGUGAGGUAAGAAUGAGUCAAAGGCGGCUUAGUAAGUACUCAUCAUACCCUGUCUACUUUUGGUGUAGACAAAAAUUACCACCACCACUUGAAAUUCUAAUUAGCUGUCCAGUCAUUUUGAAAUGUCUUAUUUCCCAUGGAAUCUUAAAAGGUUAAUUUGUCUGACAAGUAUCAAUUUCAGAUUUUAGAAAUGUCCUUUGCAAUUUGAGGUUGUCUAGAAUGAUUUCCUGACUUUCCUUGGGCCUAUGGAUCACAGCUUCCUUUUAUAAGUAAAUAUUAUGUUUGGAACCAGCAUUGAUCUAAGAUUUUGUGAAUACUUUUCUCCCCACCAAAAAAUCCUAAGAGUUGGGGUCAUUUGGGAAUUUUCAACAAAGCUUUAUUGGAAAUAUUCUUCAGGAAUGGUGCUGCACAGAAGAACUAGAGGCUCCUGGGAAUUGUUACCUGGGCUAGCGGGUUGCUAAUCACAGCAUUACCAUCACCUCUUUCUGAAGUAUCAGUUGAGUUAUAAGCUCUCCUCCCUGAUUCAUAUCUAAUUAUUGUGCUUCACAAUAGAGAUUGUUAACAAACUCCUCAUCUCAACUGGUACCCAGUAGGACAAAACAAAAACAUGAACCUUAUUUGCUAAGGACUCUUAGCAGCCUUCUAGUUCUCCUGGUGCUUCUUCCUCAGCUACUCCUAAGCAGUAAUUUCUCUCACCCAAAUCUCUGACCCUGUGGAGCUCAGCUCCCAAACUAUUCUGCUAUAAAGACAACCCUGGCAACCCGGUUCCUUUCACUACCUGAAUUCCAUGCAGCUGGCUCCUUACCCUAUAGCCUCUGCCUUGGAGGAUCCAGCCUAGGUAUGUAUGCCCCCUUCUUUGACCCCAAACUUACCUUGCAGUUAGACAACAGCUAUGUCAUCGAGAAAUUAUGUAUACAUUGAGCCCGUCUUUUGAUUGACUUUGACUACAUACGUUAAAAACCUGUUGAGAGCCAUAGGAUUUAAUGUGACAAGGGAUCUAGAGAUCAUCCAAUCUAAUGUCAUCAUUUUACAGACUAAGAAUCCAAGGCCCACGGAGAUGAAGGAAUGUGCCCAAGAUCACACAGAUAGGAAACAGGAAAACGAGGAUUUGAAUCCAGGCCCAGUGAUUGCUGAUCUACUGUCUUUCCACUGUUAACAGUUUGGGAAGGUUAAAUGCCUACUGAUGGUCUAAAAAAUUUACCAAUUGUUCCUCAUGACUAGGAUCUUUCCAGCUUGGUUCUAGAACUAAGCUUCAGGAGGGGUGAGAAGUAGACACAGCUCAUUACUCAGCAUAUUGAUCUGAAUAGACUACUUUUCUUCAAAUUAUAGUUGUAUAACCAGUGUUCAGGACAUAAUCAUACUCUCAGUAGAGAUGCCAGAAAUUCUGGCCCUUUAUCCAAAUCAAAAAAUGAGCUAAAUAGGCUAAAACUAGAUAAUCUAGAAGGUCCCGUGCUGCUCAGAUUAUAACAAAAGUGAAGAUAAUAAACAUGAGAAAGCAUAUUUAUUUGAAUAAAAAAUGUAAAAAUUUUCACAGGAAAUAUUUUUAAUACAGUAUUUAAUGAUAACUUUUUUCAGGUUAUGUGUGUGUUUUUCUUCUAAAGAGACCUCAUUUUAAUAGAGUCUGGACUAUAGUUGCGUCAAUGUGGGAAACUGAACUGACUUUUGUGAAUACUCAAGCUAAACACAGCCAUGAAAAUAAUGUACACUUUUGUAUUUCCAAGGAGAACUCUUCACACUCAGCCCCCAUGCAAGUCUAGAAAAUUAGUUCUUUGUCAGAGGAAACAGUGCAGACACGUCUGAAGCUUCCUCUGGCCAGGACUUUGAUUCACUCACUCCAACAAGCCAGCAGUGAUACUCAAUGCCAAGAAACACUAGAUAGACACAACUAUGUGGCUUCUACCACAACAGUGGCUUUCAAAACACCAGUGUUAUCUUGGUCUCCCAACCCACUUGUGAGAUCCAGGUAGACUGGAAAAUUGUACAACAAACAAUGCUUCAACACGGGGCGCAUUGCUUUGGUUAUGGUAGGCACUGAAAAAUGUUUGAAUUAAUGUCAUUAACUCAACACCUUAAUACAGCAGUUAAAAACUAUUAGGCUACACCGGAUCUGGGUUCAGAGAACAAAGGUAUGAAUAUUAUUACUUGUGUGACCUUGGAAGACACAUCACCUCUUUGGGCCGGUUCUCAUCUAUAAAAUGGUGAUAAUUCCAUCUAUAGCCCUGAUCCCCAAAGGUGGUUGUCAGGAUGCCAGGAGGUAACAUAGGAAAGAAAAGUGCUUUGUAAACUUUCAAUGUUGUUAGCUAAUAUUAGCUGAAUCCCUUUUCUGUUAGUAUCAAAAGAAUUUCCUCUCAGAUUCCUAUGGAUUGUAAUCACAUGUUUUAGUUUAAC